AUGGAAGGGCGUUGGUUCUACUCCCCAAGACAGAUCCUCAACUACCUGCUCACCCGAACAACGUCCUUGAAGCCCCCCAGGCCUCAAUUUCGCAACCCCUUUGAGAUCCUGCGCGAGCUCAACAGCCUACAAUGGCAGCUGUUUUUCGUCGGCUUUCUCGGCUGGACAUGGGACUCGUUUGAUUUCUUCACCGUCUCGUUGACCGUCACCGAGAUUGCCGCAGACUUUGGCGUGAGCAAUUCGGACGUCACUUGGGGCAUGACCGUCACGCUGAUGCUUCGUUCCGCCGGCGCACUUAUCUUCGGGGUUGUGAGCGAUCGGUAUGGCCGGAAAUGGCCCAUGAUCAUUAACCUUGCUCUCUUCGUCGUUUUGGAACUAGGCUCCGGGUUCUGCAAUAACAUGCCCCAGUUCCUCGGAGUGCGGUCUCUGUACGGCAUCGCCAUGGGCGGCCUCUUCGGGCCUGCUGCGGCUACAGCCCUUGAGGACCUUCCGUACGACGCGCGCGGUGUCCUGUCCGGUUUCUUCGAGCUGGGCUAUGGGUUUGGAUAUCUCCUGGCUGCUAUAUUCUACCGCGCGCUCGUCCCGACGACCUCCCACGGCUGGCGCUCCCUCUUCUGGUUCGGUGCUGGUCCACCGUUGCUGAUCAUCGCGUAUCGUUGGUGUCUGCCGGAGACGGACACCUUCCAGAUCAUGGCUGCUGAGCGUGAGGCAAGGCUUGUGCUGGAAAAGCAAGCCGCCAGUCAGGAAGGGCAGGGUGCUGAUGUCCAAGUCCGUGCUGGAGGCCUGAGAGCUUGGUUUAGGGACUCCUGGGCAGGCAUCAAGGAGUAUUGGGUCAUCUUCAUCUACCUGAUAUUCCUGAUGACCGGAUGGAACAGUAUCUCCCACGGGUCGCAAGAUUUCUAUCCAACAUUCCUUAAGAACCAAGUCGGACUAGACACUACCCAAACGACCAUUGUCUCCUGCAUCGGCCAGGUCGGCGCCAUCAUCGGCGGCACUAUACUGGGCUAUAUCUCAACAUUCGCCGGUCGCCGUCUCACCAUGAUCGUCGGAUGUAUCAUCGGCGGCGCCUUGAUCCCCGCGUACAUUCUUCCCCGCGGAAUGAGCCUCGUUGCGUGCGCAUUCUUCAUGCAGUUCUUCGUCAUGGGCGUCUGGGGCCCAAUGCCCAUCCAUUUGACUGAACUCGCACCCCCAGCCCUCCGCAGCACAGCCGUCGGUCUAACCUACCAGCUCGGAAACCUGGCGUCCUCCGCCUCCUCGACGAUCCAAAGCACAAUCGGCGAACGCUACCCGCUGCCACCCAAAUGCACCGCAGGUGAAUGUACUGAACGGUUUGACUAUGGCCGCGUGAUUGCCAUCUUCAUGGGCGCGGUCUGGGCGUGGAUGAUUCUGUUUACGUUCCUGGGUCCGGAGAUGAGCGAGCAGGAGAGACGCGAGCACGCAGAGCAUGCGCAGAAUUUGGAGAAUCUGCGCAAGAGGGGGAUGACCUUGGUAGAGAUUGGCGAGCAUGUGGCUAGGGCGGCGUUCGAAGCGGAGAAGGGUAUUGAUGUCGGUGCUGGGGCAGAGAAGGAGGUUGGUGCUGAGUUGGUUGAAGAGAAGGAAAGCGCUUAG